AAUUUAAUAUUUAAUUUGUUAUUCGUUUUACUAGUUUUUUAUUCGUAUACAAAUAAUAUUUGUCACUAUUAUAUUGAAUUUCAAAAAAAAAAAAUUUUUGUCUAAGUAUAAUAUCCUAUUAAUAUUCGAAAAAAUAAUGAUUUUAAUCUAUGAAAAUAGUAUAGUUUAAUUUACAGAUAUUCAGAAUAGUAAUUCAAAUGUAAAUUACUAAUUUAGGAGUGGUUUGUAACCGUAACGAUAUAGUUGGCUUAUGUUAUGAUAUUUGAAAGCCAUGGAUACAGGUCAUAAUACAGUCGCUGCCAUUUUAGAAGAAGUUAAAGAAGAUGUCCGUACCUCAUCUAGUCCUUUUUCCAGCACAACACAUCAUCCUGUAAUAACUAACGAUGCCAAUAAAAUUGUCAUUUACGUACAGGACAAAAACCGUUUUGUUAAAACCGAACAGCAUAGUCUUUUUGAAAAUAUCCAUUCACCUCACUCAACUAAUUACAACAAUCUACGACCAAUUGCAGCUAAAGCUCAAAGAAUAUUUGCAUCAUUGGGUACUGUCAGUCAAGGUAUUUUAGCUGGACUCGCGUUAGCCCAACUAUUUUUGGGUGAAACUUCCCAAAGAUCACCUUUAAUAUUGAUGUCAUUCUUCUUACUGUCAGCUGUGUGUUUGUGUACAGUUUUGGAUAUUUUUGACCUGUACAAAUGUGAGAGCUUCAAACCAAAAUAUAUAUUAGUUUUAUUUUUAAACGUGCUAACAGCUUUAGCAUCGUUUGCAUGUACGACUUACGAUGCGGCUAUUAUGUCAAACAGUAAAGUGGAAGCAAAAAUUUCAGAAACAUGGCGUGCAUUAAACUGUUGCCGGUGUUAUGGCGCAUUAUUUGGAUGGAUUGUCAUUAUAAUAAUGAAACCAAAAGACCAGCUAGCAGAAUUUUUGAAUUCCGAAUGAAUGCACCCAAAAAUAAUAAUCACGACAAUGCACUUUCUUUAUGUACCAAUAUGCAAUGCCAAGUAGAGUUUCAUAUAUUUUUAUUUAUACUACAUUUUGACAUCUAAUCAAAAUAAUAAUCAAAAUUACUUUUAAUUUUAGUUAUAGUCCUUUUUUUUUAAAUUGUAUAACGUGUAUAAAAAUUGUAAUGUAAAUACAAAACAUUGAUUUUUGUAUUAUUGUUGUGAUAAAAACUUUGUACGGGCCAUUCCUUUCUCCGGCGACGGACUGACAACCCGUCCCGGAUAGCAGCGUUGGGCCUUCAUGGCCCGUUUAGCUAUAUGAUGAUAUUAAUUAUAAGAUAAGACUAUUCAUGUUAGGAUAGAUAUCUAGAUAACUACUAUAAAUUAAGUGUGUUUAAUACUUAAAUACCUGAUCAAUUCUGAAAAGGUAAUAGCAAUAUUAGGAUAUAAUUCUAAAGUAUUAGCUUCGAUGCAAUAGCUGAGAAGGUAUUGUGUUUUUAUUUUUAUAUUUUUGAGUCUGUACCAACGAUAUCUUUUAAGCCACUAAUCCGAUUUCUUCGUGUAGCAGCUUUUAAGAUCAGAAAUCGUACCUGUAUAGUGCUCAAUUAAACAAAAAAAUUUAAAAGUUUUUCCUUUCCCCUUUAAAAUAAAAAAAAACCCAAAAAUUUAUAUAUAGAAUAUUCUUAAGAUAUAGUACUACCGACAAACGUUGACAGCCUAAACAAUUAUCGUACACCCUUUCUCCUAAAUGGGUGGAAUUUUUUUCUUUCUUUCUCUUUUUCAUGCAAAGUUUUAAGGGUUUAUGUAUAAAAAUUAGAUGAAAGGUAGAUCUAGAAUAGGGCUAUAACUUACACAAUUUCCUCAAAAAUUUUUUUUAUUAAGGAAAAACUAAAAAAUAGGGAAAAAUUACACUUUGACUGUAGUCAGUUUUUAGGUUGCUAUGUGUGAUUUAUACAUACUACCCACAGAUUCACAUCGAAGCGUUUAUUUAAAAGUGAUUUUAUCACUUUCAGUUAUAAUAAUUCCUGUAGAUCUGUGGCCUCUCCAUCCCCACUAUGCCCCCGCCCCACUGGUCACUGUACUAGCUUAUAUUGUGUUAAAUAGCUUUAAUGAAAAAUUAAUAAUUUACUUGGAAGUUGUAAUUUGGUUUACAGAAACCCAUUAAAGGCCACCACCACACCUCCCAGGAGGAGGUUUCCUAACGGAUACACUAUCCAGGACGGCUUAUUAGCCCGUUGUUGGAGUAGGAGAUAGCGGCUCUUUUUCUCAGGCCGCCUUACCCAUUUGGCUAUUCGU